AUGUCACCAAUUGGCCCUGGUAAGCCUGCUACAGACACGUCUGGAUCCGAUCUCAACUCUUCUGGAUCAUCUGGUGGCUCAGUCAUCCCUAUGGACCUCGGUGCUACCAACGGAACGAUGUUCGAGACCGCCCAUGACACUACUGCAAUCCCAGAAGUUGUUGCUAGUGAAGAGACAGUAGUUUCUCACCACUAUGAUUCAAAAAAUGCUACAGCAACAGCUGAAAGACCAAUUGAAACCGAUUCUAAGCCCGAAAAACCAUCUGGAAAACGUCCCCGAGUCGACUCGCCAAACUCAUCCGUGAUCGAAGCUGCACCACCGAAAAGAAGGUCCGCUCGGGAGAAAAAACAAACAAGCCAGCUCAAUAUUGGAUCAUCCAAGGGGAAGUCUUACGACUCAGCGUAA